GGAUCAUCGUUCACCACGAUUGGCAUGUACUGUGGUUCACGAUUCCCCGGGCACGAUGCACUGCAAGCUUCUCUUACUCUUCGUUCUAGUGGGCUGCUUGUCAGCCCAGGACACUACGACGACCGAAUCAUCUACCGCAACUUCUACCACUGAGCAAGCAGCUACGACGACCGAAGCAGCUACUAGUGCUUCUACCACUGAGCAAGCAACUACGACGACCGAAGCAGCUACUAGUGCUUCUACUACUGCGCAAGCAGCUACGACGACCGAAGCAGCUACUAGUGCUUCUACUACUGCGCAAGCAACUACGACAACCGAACCAUCUACUACAACUUCCGCACCUACAACAACAUCCGCACCUACAACAUCAACUACGACUAGGAACCCAAGACGGCCCUUCGUACCACCUUUUCCUGGUUUGCAUGAUUGGCACCAUCCCCGACCACCUUUUCCAGGAGGUCAACGUCCCAUUCCUCGCCCUCCUGGUGGGGCUCCUCUGAUUCCGGGACCACAGCUCUUCUACGAUUUAUUGGAUAAUUUUCAGCGUUCGGCCAAUGCGAUACUCCCUCCACCUGUCAGGCGUGGGCCAGGUGAUUUCAGAAAUCGUAGAUUCCCCAGACAGGCGGAGUCUUCAGAUUCCGAAGACAAUGCGGCAGAGAACCCUGAAUCGUCGAAUCUAGAAAUCCCCAAAAUCCCAAACUUGCCGGAAAUUCCCCAAAUCCCGAAUAAUCCAGGAAUACCAAAAAUCCCGAACAUUCCAGGAAUUCCCAAAAUUCCGAAUUUGCCUGAUCUUACGAAUUUCUUCGAUGCGAUAUUCCCCAAAUCUCUCAGACGCGGAACUGGUGAUUCCGAAAAUCGGAGACUUCCUAGACAGGCGGAGUCUUCAGAUUCCGAAGAAAACGAGGCGGCCAACCUUGAAUUGUAUCUCUGGAGUCUUGGAAUCCCAAAUUCGCCAAUGGACGUUUUUUCACGUUGGACCGACGAGGUGAUUCCUCCAUAUUUCAGACCCUGGGGGGUCAGACUUCCUAGACAGGCAGAGUCUUCAGAUUCCGAAGACAAUGCGGCAGAGAACCCUGAAUCGUCGAAUCUAGAAAUCCCCGAAAUCCCAAAUUUGCCGGAAACCCCCAAAAUCCCAAACUUGCCGGAAAUUCCCAAAAUCCCGAGUUUACCAGGAAUACCGAAAAUCCCGAAUAUUCCAGGAAUUCCCAAAAUCCCCAAUUUGCCUGAUCUUACAAAUUUCUUCGAUGCGAUAUUCCCCAUGUCUCUCAGAGCUCGAACUGGUGAUUCCGAAAAUCGUAGACUUCCUAGACAGGCAGAGUCCUCAGAUUCCGAGGACAAUGCGGCGGAGAACCCUGAAUCAUCGGAUCUAGAAAUUCCCGAAAUCCCAGAUUUGCCAGAAAUCCCCAAAAUCCCAAAUUUACCGGAAAUACCAAAAAUCCCGAAUUUACCAGGAAUACCAAAAAUCCCGAAUAUUCCAGGAAUACCAAAAAUCCCGAAUAUUCCAGGAAUCCCAAAAAUCCCAAAUUUGCCAGGGAUUCCUUCGGAGUACUUGGAUUUCUUCAAUUCCAGAUAUAAUCCUAGAUUUCCCAGACAGGCGGAGUCCUCAAAUAACUCGAAUAUCGAAGACAAUACGGCGGAGAAUCCUAAUUUUUCGGUUUCCUUGGAUCUCACAAUCCCCAGAAUCCCAAAUUUGCCAUUCAACCCAUUUUUCCGCGGGAUGGAAGGUACGUUCAACGAGGCAAGGAAAAGAGUAGCUAGCACGAUCAGCUCACAGCAAGAUCUGCCCGCUGCUAUCCAAGAAGCUGUUCAGAACGGACUUAGCAGCGCCAAUCCGAUCGAAGCCAUAAGGCGGAUCGUCUCAACGAUCGUGGGGGUCUACAGAAACGUCGCCCUGAACUGCCCCUUCGCCGUCGUCGGUGGGUACCUUCUGCGCGAGAGUUUAUAUUUGACUUCGGCUGUCCUCACAACCAUAGCUAACGUGUCCGGGAGAAUCGAUGGUGUAGCCUAAACGCCGCAUGGAUUUCUUCCCUAGGAUGUAAUCAUCAUCCUGGUAUAUCUUCACUUUUAGACGAUGUUCAAUCUUUCGAAUUAUCUGUUCACGAAAUUUAUAUGCACAAAUAAAUCUUUAUCGUAUCUCA